CAAAAUGACGAGACCCGGCCGGUGGCAGUCUGACUGACAGUCCCGAGCCGGUGGUCGGAUGGUGUACGACAAGCAAGUAUCCCACCUGAUAUUAUGUGACUUUAUGACUUUUAUUAUACCAGAAACAUUUACAAUUUGUCGUCGAUACGCCUUAUGAGCGUUUUCUAUCGAAAACUCGUCGGAAAUAUAACGUUACAGUAUCUGUGAUGCCGCUUGUGUACGUUAAUGUGUCAUAUUAAGCUAGCUAACGUUAAGUUACACAUAAAGCUGCUGUUAACGUUAAGUAUUUAACGUUAAGUAUUUAACGUUACAUUUUGUUAACACCAUAUUUAAUUCCACUGGGCGACAACAACGGUUAAAAUAAUGCGAACGGCGUUUUUGAGACAUGUCCGUCGGUUUCCGUGGGUCACCAACGUUACACUGUACGGCUGUCUGUUCGCUGGAGGGGACUUCGUCCACCAGUGGUUUUCCCGGAGGGAGAAGAUGGACUGGAGCCACACACGGAACGUUGCUGUGAUCGCGUUCAGUUUCCAUGGUAACUUCAAUUUCUUCUGGAUGCGGUUCCUGGAGCGGAGGUUUCCCGGGAAUUCCGUCGGGAUGGUGAUGAGGAAGCUGCUCCUAGACCAGACUACAGCGGCACCCCUGGCUACCAGUGUCUUCUACACAGGUGUCAGCUUCUUGGAGGGCAAAGAGGACAUCACAGCAGACUGGAGAGAAAAAUUCCUGAAUACAUAUAAGACGGGGCUGAUGUUCUGGCCAUUUAUGCAGUUUCUCAACUUUGCCUUGGUGCCUCUGUACGUGCGGACCACCUUCACCGGCUGCUGUGCCUUCGUCUGGGCCACCUUCCUUUGCUUCUCACGUCAGAGUGGUGAUGGCACAGCCGGCGCUGCUCUGGCAUGGAUGUUCCCUCCUAAAGAGGAUGAAGCAGAAUCUACAAAGGAGAACGUAGACUCUAAGGAGAAGACGGACGCUCCCAAAGAGGAAACAGUAGCAUCUAAAUCCACUCAGAACUGAAAUAUGUAGAACUGGCCGUUGUAAUGGAGGGGGAUAAAACAGACAAAGCUGUGCUCUGAACAGGAGACAGCUGGUUCAGGGGACGGCAGUCCUGUCUGUGAUUGAUGCUGCACCAUCACUGCCAUGGUUUGAGUUCAAAAUCUCACUAAACUAAAAUGGAAGUCCUUAUGAGUCUGUUAGGUGCUUUAGGCAACAGCACCCAGCAAAUGUACUGAAUGUAUAUACAGUAUAUUUUUCAGUAUUCAUACAGCACGUAAUUCAGUAAUUCAGCCCACAGUGAACUGUCGCCAUGCUGCGUUUCUCAUCAGGUUUUGUUUUUAUAAAUGCAGUUCCCUUAUUUGAUUGGGACAUGUUUAAUGAUACGGGGAUGAUUUACGAGGACAUCUAUAUCUGGGACAGAAACUGUGAGGAUAGGAGAGUGUAAACUUGAGUCCUCUGCUUUACAUUUAAAUGAAAAACUGCAAUGAGAGUGGUAAAGAAUUAUUUCCACAGUGUGGAGUGGCAGCUAACGUAUUAGCUCAGACUUUUAACUUCAUAAAAUUGGGCAAAUUGCUAAACUUUUAGAUAUCACUCUCUUUUUUUGUCUUUAUUACAAGUGCUUAGACUGUUAUCUGUGGCUGCAACAGAGUGCCUGAUCUCCAAGGACUAUCUGCUUUGGUUCCAGUUUACACUCUGGUACAGAAAGUGCCAAAUACAGAUGCACACAGGUACCUAUAACCUGUUAUAUUCAAGAGUAUAUUUGUUUGUUAUUAAUGUGUAGGUAGCUACUUUAUACAUAAGGGCCAUAAUGAGCUGAGCACAGAUGAGAUUCAGCUUAGGUUCACAAACAGUGAGUUGUUUAAAGCAACAACAACAAAACACUACAACAUAUCUGAAAAUACCUUUAUGAGUUCCACAUUUUCAACCAUUAUCCCAAAAAUAUACUACCGAAGAAUACUUUGAGUUUUGUCUAAUAAUGGUUGAUGAAGGUUGUCUCAAACAUCCAUAUACUUGAAUGUGGAAAUGCUGCCUGCCUGUUGUGGUACUCUAUGUUAAUGUGAUACUGUGGAGUGCUCUCUAUUGUCUCUCUUUGCACCAUUUCCUAAAACAGUUUGCUAUUCUAGUUUUUUUUUAUUUGACCUCUUAGCGAAAAUGUUUAUAUGUUUCUUUGCCUGCAGUGAUUCUUGUAAUGUCAGAUGCCUCCGCCAAGCAAUUUCUACAGAGGUAAUAUUUAUAAAGUUCAGAGCAGUACAAGAGCUGACUGUUAUUCCCAUAUAUAGAAUUUAUACGGUUCAGGACAAACUUCUCACUUCUCAAAAAAACCCUUUUAAUUCACUUUCCUAUGUAUUACUGAAAUCUAUUUUUGUUUUCUAAUAUGGUUGAGUCUCAACCUAGUUUGCACUUUGAAGUAGAAUUUGCUUGAGAUGCUGUGUGAUUAUAUUAUUUGAUCUGUCACAUAACUGAAUUAAUACUACUGUGAAUAAGAUAUUAAUAAUACUACAGUGUUGGAAUUGCGGUACAGAAAAAUAAUGUAAUAACUACAGCUGUUUGAUCCCUUUUAUCAGACAUCUUUUAACUUGUAUUCUUAUAUAUAAUAACUUAAUGUUAGUGUAGUGUUAGAGUGUUCAUUUCUAUUUAUUAUUGAUAUGCUGAAGCUCAAACCAAUGAAUAAUCCCUUUGUUCAUAUCAGCAGCUGAAGAAUGGGUAAUAUUACCGACUCAUUCAGAGGUUGGUUUGCUACUUUAACACAGUCUAAAAUGUCUCAAAUAUAUCUUGGCUGAUUUUCACAUCACCAUUAAUCAGUGCUUUUGACUGUAAUUUAUUGAAACAAUGAUUUGAUCACAUUUUGCACUUUAGUUGCACUAACUGUGGUAAACAAUAUUUAUUGUUGAAUACAUUAAAACACAUUCUAUUCAUUCA